GUGCUGCGGCGGGGCGGCGGCGGCAGCGGCAGCGGCAGCGGCAGCGGCGCGGGCGAGCGAGCGGCGGACAUCGCUGGUCCCAGGGCGCUGCGUGCAGCCCCGAGGUGGUCGGGGGUCGCCGAGCAGGUGUGCAGCUGUGGUGUGGUUCUUCUCCAUCCCUCCCCAUACUGAUGUCUUCCUGGAUUGGGACCAGGCUAGGGUCAUCAAGGUGAGCAAGGAGCUGCUAGGCAUGGGUGGCCCAUGUAGUACAGGCAGGAGGGGAACUACUCCUUCCCCCAGAAGCAGGUUGUGUCAGAUGAAUCCCACUGUGAAACCACAGCCAAAGGUAUCUGCUGUGCUGGCAGCUGAGGGCUGGGCUUGCUGUUGCUGGACUCAAACAUGGCUCUUCCAGGGCUCCUGGCAGGACUGGUGUAGCAGCAUGGUGCUUGCUCUGCAGCAGCACAAAACCCCCUUGCACAAGUGCUGGCACACUGUGCAGUUACCAUGGUCCUGGCAGUGGCAGUGCUGCCAUUACCUGCUGCAGCUCCAGGCCAGCAGUCUGCAUAAAAUGUCCAAAUGAACUUCUGGUGUCCCUCAGAGCUGAGCUAUAAUCUUGCAAAAAGUGUUUGGGUUGGUUUUUGGGGUGAAGGCAGAAGGGUGGGGGGUUGGUGGUUUCUUAUUAUUGUUCUUAUUGAAGACUUACAUUUCUUGCGGGAUUUUAUGUUUGCUUUUAAGGAUGGGUGAAGCUAUACUUAUCUGAAAUCGCUUGCUGAGUGGGGCUAAGAGAGUGCUGCUCCCUCCUGCCUGUUGCUGCAGCCUUUCCUUGAUGAGGGUUAUUCCUAGUUCUCUUCAUUUGCACAAUCACACAUACAGUCUCUUCCUGACUUGUUUCGGUCAGUAAUGCUGGUUGCAUUAGCAAUUAUAUAGUAGCCAGGUAAGCGCUUCGCUAACAAAACCAAAUAUUUUACAGUAGCACCUUUACACUAAUAUAAAAGUUAGAUCUGAGCUUACUCUUACUGAAACAUCUCCCAGACUGCCAAGAAAUGAGUACUUGCUUCACAGACAAGUACUAAGAGAAUUGCAAGCAUAAACAAGAAGAAGCUUAUUGUUAAGUCUGUUCAGUGGCAGCAGUGCGUCUGUGAGAGAAAUCUGACUGCAGGGAAAAACUCCACCUAAAAAUAAGAGCCAUGUUAACCUGUAAAUGUUCACAUAUCUCUCUCUCUGGUAUAAAGGAAAUGCAGGUUUUGUUUGUUUUGAGCUCAAAACAAUAGAGGGAUUGCAUCCAGCUAGGUAUAGAUGAGCAUUCUUAAACAAGUUAUUUACCUUGUAUUCAGUUGUGUAAGAAGAUCUUCAUAGUAAGCUUUAUUCUUUGGAAGUCGUAGGAGGUGAAGAUCACAAUGGUAGCUUUCAGUUAAGGCUCUGGCUCCUUGCGUCAUGUAGAACAGGGGCAGUCCUUAUUGUGCAUGUUACUCGAUAAUGCUUGUGUUCCUACAUACCCUGAGAAUACGAUAAAGUAGCAAUGUUAACUCUCAUUCUAAAGAAGCAAUUUCCAGCUUCUGACAGCUAAAAAUUCACAGUUAAAAAAUGCUUCAUUUUUAACUUGGUAAGCAUAGUACAGUAGUUUAAGGCUAACCAGUAUUACAAGCUUCAUCCUAAGGAAAUACAUACUUGAUAGAGGUUAUGGAGACUAUCACACAGUUGGUCUCAUUCCUUUAUUAAUUUCAUUUGUUAUGAAUAUUGUUUUUGUUGGAUCAGAUCUACCAGUCAGAACUGGAAGGAUGUCAAGUAAGCAAGUGUGUAGUAAGUUAUAAGGCAUGCUAAAAGUUACUCUGAACUGUUUGAUGCUAAAUCACAAUCUAAAAGUGGUAAUUGUGGAAUUCCCCCUUUUUUUCAAUUUUUUUCUUUUUUUUUUUGGUUUAAUUAAAAUUCAAAGUAUGAGACCUAGUGCUCAGACAGUACCAUUGCACAUUUCCAGAUGCAAUUGUACACAGUUUCACUUAGCUACUUACAUUAAGAGUUUAAAUUUUAGUUCUUCCAGUCUGACUUCAGUAUGCACCUAAAACAGACUUGGAACAAACAUCCUCCUUCCAGGUUAUAGUACUGCCUGAAAAUAUUGCUGAUCCUUAUUGCUGUGCUAGACAUUUGUGCGGUGGUCUGCACCCUCCAUCCACCUUCUCCACCUGGAUCAAUUCCCCUAGUCAGUUAGCAGUGUGGGCACAACGGUGGACCCAAAGCAUAGUGCAUCUCAAUGGCAUUGUUGCUGUCAAAAAGCUCCAUAAUAUCGGAUCUCAAAUUUUUACACAUACACGUUGAGUUAAAAUCAAGUUGAAAUCCACGGUUUGAGAAAUUAAAAGCUAAAGUAGUACUGGGGUAACAUAAAGAUAAAAGGAAAAGAAGAAAGAUCUUAAUGCUGAGCAGCCUGUAGUAACGCUGUGAAGGGGAUUCAGUUCACUCUUCCUUAAUCAAAUGUUCUCAUCAAUUAUUCUGGGGAGCAAUUACUCUUAGAGCUGGACAAAAAAAGUCAGAGCACAAAAAAAUGUAUUGAAAGUAAUAAAACUGAAAGGAGCUAUGUAUCUGUCCAAUCCAGGUAUGUCAUGAAACCUCUAACGUGCAGAUUAAAAUGUUGGAAAAUAUUCACUAUACUCUGUACUGGUUUUUGCAACUGCAGCUUAGUUUGAAAUUCAGACCUGCUCCGGAUUAUUCAGAUAAAGAAUUUGUAAUCAGAAAUGGCAUUUGUGUAGCAGUGUAUAUUGUUUAAGAAUGUCCUGGCUUUGAGCAGUCUUUGAAGUGGUACUUACAAAAAAAGACAUCUAGUUCUUUAACACUUUUCAAGAUUGCAGUGGUGCAAUGUUCACGAGGCGCUGGCAGAACAAAAGUGUUUCAGCACUGUGUGAACAGAAACAGGACCAACAAAAAUAAUGAAUAGUCUCUGAGUGAAGAUGAAGGUGAGAUUGGCAAGUCAUAAAUCUUGUUGCAACUCAGCCUUGCAAUAUGUUUCAACAUCAAAAGCAGCUGCUGAAUAGUAAAAAUGGAGAGUGUCUAGACAACAGUAAUGCGGUACUGCUGUGCUCUUAGAUUUCUGCAUGUGCAGGGGCUUAACACAAAUCAGCUUUAGAGAUGGGCAGUAACUACUGCCUUUUUACCUUGACAAGGUACUUCAGCAGUUCAACUGCAGCACCUUUCACAAUGCUGAAAGCUGAGGAACUGUGCUUUGCUAAUUUCUUUCUCCUCUUUUCUUCAGCUCUUUCCUAAUAGUAUUUCUAAGAUCAAGGAUGCUGGAGAAAAUUCACCUCACGUAAAAAUCUUGGAAGUCUUCAGUGAUUGUCUCCCCAUUGAGGAGAAGGGUCAUCAAUAGCAUUCAGUAGCAUCUAGGAAGUUAGUGGAUUUUUCCUUCCAUCUCCUUGACAAAUGCUUUAAGUUCCCAAAAAUCAUGAACUGUUUUUUCUGAAAUUGUUGAGGCUGAUACAAGCAGAGUGGAGGGCUAUUUUUUUUUUAGUCCUGCAAAGCUACCUGGUAUUUGAAAUGCUGAGAAGGAAACUACGUUUUUUCCACAACUCACGCUUCAGACUUUUCUUGGGUCUAACUCUGAUUUUAGUGAUCAUUUCAGUUUUGAAAGUUAACCAGAAAGAAAACUUCUUAAAUCGAAGACAUCUAGAGCUGACUAAGGAAGACCCUAUUGGUGAUGUUAACUGCACCAAGAUACUGGAGGGUGAUAUAGAAGAAAUUCAAAAGGUAAAGCUUGAAACAUUAUCAGUGUCAUUUAAGAAGCAUCCCAAACUAACAACCAAUGACUAUAUUAACAUGACAGCAGACUGUGCCUCUUUCACCAAGAUGAGGAAGUACAUUAUGGAACCUCUCAGCAAUGAAGAAGCAGAAUUUCCGAUUGCUUACUCGAUAGUGGUUUAUCACAAAAUUGAGAUGCUUGACAGACUUCUGAGAUCAAUCUAUGCUCCUCAGAAUUUUUACUGCAUCCAUGUUGACAGAAAGUCUCCAGAAUCUUUUUUUACAGCUGUGAAAGGAAUAGUCUCAUGUUUUGAUAAUGUCUUUAUAUCCAGCCAGUUAGAGAGUGUUGUAUAUGCCUCAUGGAGCAGGGUGCAGGCAGAUAUUAAUUGCAUGAAAGAUCUCUAUAGAAGAAGUUCAAACUGGAAAUAUCUAAUAAACCUCUGUGGCAUGGACUUUCCUAUAAAGACCAACCAGGAAAUAGUAGAGAAAUUAAAAGCCCUUAAAGGUGAAAACAGCUUGGAAACAGAAAAAAUGCCUGUUUAUAAAGAAGUAAGGUGGAAAAAACACUAUGAGAUUGUUGACGGUAAAGUGAAAAACACAGGUAUAGACAAACAGCUACCACCUCUCAAUACUCCAAUUUUUUCUGGUAGUGCCUAUUUUGUAGUUAGCAGAAGAUUUGUGGAGUACGUAUUAGAAAACAGCAAAAUCCUCAAAUUUAUUGAGUGGGCAAAGGACACUUACAGCCCUGAUGAGUACCUGUGGGCAACAAUUCAGAGAAUCCCUGAUGUCCCAGGUGCUGUUUCUUCUAGUGACAAGUAUGACGUUUCUGACAUGAAUGCGCUGGCCCGGUUUGUCAAGUGGCAGUACUUUGAAGGAGACGUGUCUAAAGGUGCGCCCUACCCACCGUGCAGUGGAGUUCAUGUUCGUUCCGUCUGCGUGUUUGGGGUAGGAGACCUGAACUGGAUGCUGCGAAACCACCACUUCUUUGCUAAUAAGUUUGAUACUGAUGUUGACCCUUUUGCAGUGAAAUGUUUGGAAGAAUAUUUGCGACACAAAGCUUUGUAUUUGCAAAAGAACUGAAAUACUGCAUGCUCCUGCUAUGAAACACAGGUCCAAAUAACAAACAGCUGUAUAUUUUAACAGGCAACGCUGGUGGUGGUGGUGGUGGUGAUGAUGAGUAUGAUGAUUAUCACUGCAUUGGUAUGGUGGUGAUGUGGCUCUUCUUUGUGCACUGAGAAGGAAGAAGGAAGACAUGCCUCAAAUGAAGAUGAGGAUGCCUUAUGUUGCUCACUGGGGCUUGGAACUUGGGUACAAAAUCAAAGACAGUAGUGUUUGGAAGCUAAACUAAUUUGAAUAUUUAUUAUCUCAGUAUGUGUUAUGGUAUAAUUAUUGGGCUUCUGUGGGUUAAACUAUUUGAUGAAGGCCUGGAAAAUGAAUGUUGUUCGUGAUUAUUUCUGAGUUGUUGGUGGGAUUUUUUUUGUCGCUUUGUUUUGUUUUUCCCCAAGAACUUAAUGCUAACUGAAAAGGAGAAGUGAGGAGAAAUAGGGGAAAGCAGCAGCUGGCCUGCACAAAGUUCAUGUUGAGUGCUGGAAGAUCUCAGGAACUUAACAAUGAAUUUAUUUGAAAACUAAACGAAUGGGGAUAUACCAAAGGCAGUGGUCAUCGUUUAACUUAAAUAUGAUUGCUGCAGUUCUGCAAUAUGUAAUUCUUAAUCCUUCUGGACAGUUAAUCUUCAGCAAGGAAUACUAAGGACUUGUAUUUCUAUUUUUGUCACAAAAUCUUGCUUUUGUACUCUUAAGCCCUCCCUGAUAAUGUGAUAAGAAGUUGAUAUAUUAGUUCCUAGUUACAUCUUCUCAGGGAAACUUCAAUUUUGUGCCUGAUAAGACACUUACUGUAUCAUGAGCCUUGGUUUUGUAACCAGAAUGACUCAAGUUUCUCAAAAACUUAAAAGAAUUGCAGCAAUGUCUAAAUGUUACUGAUGGAACUGCUGAUUUUUACAUUCUGUCAAGUUCAACUUGCAUUACAGAUAAUUUUAACACUAGGUAUGCAAAAAAUAAAGUUAUUUUUCUGAAUUA